UUGUAUACGUUUUAAAAUUGCGUACGAAAUCUGAAGAAGUCUGGAAUGGUUUGGAACACAGUUUGCGAGAUAGGGGAGCUCGAGGAAGAAAGACGCUCGAAUCCUUACGCAUCUUAUUGUUUAGUCACUUAUAGGGCCACUCCGGAGAGUUCGAGUCCCUGCGACUAAGUCCACUCCUGAGACAACAGUCGCGAGCGGCGAGAGUCGAGACUCGUGCGGUGGCCGCGGAGCGGAGAGGUGAGGAGAGGAGAGGAGACGACGGAGCGACACACGCAUUCGCGAGCGAUGGGGUUCGAUGUGAACCGCUUCCAGGGCGACGUGGACGAGGAGCUCGUGUGUCCGAUAUGCUCCGGCGUGCUCGAGGAUCCCGUCCAGGUGAGCAAUGUGUUGCAGGCGCCAGUGUGCGAGCACGCCUUUUGUCGCACCUGCAUCAACGAGUGGAUAAACCGUCAGCCUACGUGCCCCCUGGACCGUACGCCGAUCACGACGACGCAGCUUAGAGCGGUUCCCAGAAUCCUGAGAAACCUGCUGGCCCGCCUGUGCAUCAAGUGCGACAAUAUCAUGUACGGCUGCACCAUGGUUGUGAAACUGGACUGUCUGGCGAUGCAUCUCGAGCAGUGCGAGUACAAUCCGAAGAGACCGAUGAUGUGCGAGCAGGGCUGCAGUCUGAUCAUACCCAAGAACGAGCUCAAGGAUCACAACUGCGUGCGCGAGCUCCGCAAUCUGAUACAGUCGCAGCAGCAGAAGUUGACCGACAUGAAGCGCGAGCUCGACGAGCAGCAGCUGCAGAUCAACGAGCAUAAACGCGAGAUCCAUCUGCUGAAGGACUUUAUGCGCGCGCUCAGAGUGUCGAACCCGGCGAUGCGCGCGAUCGCCGAUCAGAUGGAGCGGGACGACGUCGUCAGAUGGUCCGCGUCUUUGCCGCGCGCUAGGGUCACCAGGUGGGGCGGUAUGAUCUCCACGCCCGACGACUUGCUGCAGACGAUGAUCAAGAGAACUCUGUCGGAGUACAAUUGUCCACCCCAUGUGAUUGACGAGCUGAUGGAAAACUGCCACGAGAGGAAAUGGCCGCCGGGUCUUAAUUCCCUGGAGACCAGACAGAAUUCUCGACGACAAUACGACAACUACGUGUGCAAAAGAGUGCCUGGCAAGCAAGCGGUGCUGGUCCUCCACUGUGAUAAUAUGCACAUGCCGGAGGAUAUGAUGGUCGAGCCUGGGUUAGUGAUGAUCUUUGCGCAUGGUAUCGAGUAGAAUUGUUGGAUAUCGUAUAUGAAUACGAUUGUUAAUCGAACACCACGGGCGUCCGGAAACACUGAUAUCAUGUCGCAAACGCAGAAGAAGCGUAUUUUUGCUCGGCCGUAGUUUGCGAAUUGACAUAAGUUAUUCUGGAUCUUCGUAAAAUUAAUUUGAGAACUAUCAUCCAAUCGUCGUGUCGUUUUACUCGGAAAAAUUCCUUCACCGGGGAUACUCGCGCGUUUACGGUUGAAACCCUAAGAUUGCAAGAUUGUCCUUGAUGCGAAUUCAUUCCGUAGAUAAAUCGAAGCCGUCGAGCAUACGCAAAUGAUGAUACUGUCGCCCUUUGUGAUACGCGAUUCUAGAGGCGCGAUUGUCACGUACAGGGUCGAUUGGGAUUAUAACUGUAAUCGAUAUACGGCAAACAAUACCGGUAAACAUGUUUCUCGCCGUUCGUCAAGUUUGACUCGCCGUUAUCGGUUAUCUCGAUCGAACUCCCACAGAAAAAACUCAAUCGAGUAUCUGAAUCGUUGCACUGUGAUAUUGACCACUUCGGUGAGAGACCUCCUGAAAUCGCGUGAUAAAUGACCGACCACCGCCUCUCCUUGGCCGGUCGAUUGAUCGAAUUGUACAUUUUUUUUUUUCGUCGGCGGUUCGUUUAUCGUCCAUUUCAGGAUCAUUUACGGAUACUUGGAAGUCUGUGAAUGUUUUACUAUAAUACUUUAGAGAGAAAGAGAGAGAGAGAAAGAAGCGCGUAAGCGAUGAUUGGAGAAAAUUCCUACUAGUAAUCAAGCAAGAAACGGGAAAUCUUAAAAUGGGAUUCACACAUUCGUCACACAGUGUGAUCCUUUUUUAAACAUUAGACGCGUAUUGAUUAUGUCAGAAAUCGCGUUUUUUUUCCUAAUGAUUUUUUUCCCUGCAGUUCUUUUCUUAUAUCCAUACUUCCUUUCUUCUUCUUCUCGAACUCUUCCUUUUCUUUUUGCAAAUGUACUCUAAGCUAUGCGCCGUAAACAAGCUAAUCAUUAUCAUCGUCUGCAUACGAAUUGUAAGCAUUUCAUGAAAAAAUUGUUGCUAAUUAUCCUUCGUUGAAUAUGCCACAGAUAGCUUGAUUGCUCUGAGUUAACGACACCUUUUGCUUCCUCGCGUCGUAUCACUGUUUUAUCGUUCUAUUAAAAGAAAUAUUGAAUUUAAACUUUUCAAAGGCAUGCUAUCACAAUUUUAUUCGAUAGCAAUCGUAAGCCACUACAUAAAUUAUUUUUGUAACAAUAAGUUAGCUUGUAUACUGUCGCAGUACUGAUCUAUGAUUUGCGAAUCGCAUAACGCUAAAAUGCUUUUUCGUUUAACUUCUUAGUUUGCCAUGCUAUAUUGGUUUAGGAUCGACAGAUUAUUAAAAAUUCUUUUUCAACGGUACAAUCGAUCUUGUAAUCUAUUUUUGCAACACAAGAUAAUGCCACAUAAUGAGAUAGGAUAAAGGUACUAGAAUUUUUGUUCUUUCAGAAAAACUUCUGUUAGUACGUACGUCUUACGUUACUUCUAAUUACUUCCAAUAAGUCUUCGAAAAAAAAAAAAA